CAAGUGAACGGCUUCCUGACAAUGGUCCGACAAAUCUAGCAUUUUUAUUAUUGGCCGUCCAUUGCAACACUCAAUGGAAGAAAUGAAAGACCAUCGUCAAAGUGAUUUACCGAGGAAACAAAGGAUUAUACCUGAGAUUGAGUAAAUUUUUCUCAAAUUUAAGGCAAGCUAGAUCUUAGCGGGGAGGAGAUACCAAAUAUAAUCGACUCGGACUGUGUCAAUCAACCAGCAGAGACAAUCAGCAACGUUGAAGAAUACCUAUACGCAAUCGCGGGGCCAAUAGGCCGGCCUUUGGGCUUGCCACAGAAUAUGACGUAUUUCGAGUUCUUUGUUCUAUCACGACAAAGGGAGGAUGGACGAAUGAAAGAGACCCUGAGGGAUGAAAAUCCGUUCGGAGCGCUGCUGAUAUUAAUUCAUACCGUGCUUGAAAUCGGCCAGAUAUGUGAGUCUGAAUAACGUGAUGUCUUGACUACCCAACCAUCAAUGGCUGUGCCUGUUUGCGGAGUAUGUUUUCUAACGCCUUUCCAGGCACCGGUCGAACACGCGAAAUCAACCUCCCAUACCGAUAUCGACGCUGCGUUGGACGGAGUAAAGGUAAAGCAAUGCGUCUACCUUCAUUCCUUGCCACCACGAACAGGAUUACUCCACCCUCUGGGACCCGGGGAACAUCUCAGCAGACGGAAGACAGCAUAUAUAUCCAAACCUGGGGGAACAUCCACCUAUCUACAUGCCGUGGUGUGGGUCUGGCCCGAGGUAGUCCCGCUAGGCCAAGCUCAGAACUCGGAAAUAUUACCCCGUACUUGAUGCUUUCAACAAGUGCGUCUGGAGUCCUGGGACUAUGGUGGAUCGCGGUUUUCCAAGAGCUGUUUAGGUCGACCUUG